UUUUGACAUUAAUUACAGUACAACCCCUGCAUCUGUGGGGGAUAUGUUCCAAGGUUCCACCAUGGAUAGUUAAACUGUGGAUAACAGAGAACCCUUUAUUGGAGGAUUUAGAGGAGCCCACAAAUACUUCUAAGGGAAAUUGUUUUUGGAGUGUGGCUUUCCCAUUAUCCUGUGACACUUGGCAGAAAGGGUCCAGGAGCAGAAUGCCAAGAUGGCACCCCCGCCAAUCCCCCCUGGUCCUGACAGCCUGCGCCGAUUGACUCGUGAAUCCAUUGCCGAAAUAGAGAAGCGGUUUGCUGAGCAGGAAGCCAAGAAGUUGAAGCCACCAGAGGAGACUCUUGAGGAAGUGGUAGAGCGCAAACCCCGCAGUGACUUGGAGCAAGGGAAAAGUCUCCCCCUCAUUUAUGGAGACCCUCCACCAGAACUUCUUGGGGUGGCUCUGGAAGAGCUGGACCCAUUCUACAGUGAUAAGAAAACGUACAUCCUCCUCAGCAAAGGAAGGACCAUUUUCCGGUUCAGUACCACCAAAGCUCUCUAUAUUUUGGAUCCUUUCAACAUUGUCCGGAGGGGUGCCAUCCAAGUGCUUAUACAUUCAUUAUUCAGCAUGUUUAUCAUGAUAACCAUCUUAACCAACUGUGUCUUCAUGGCCAUGAGUAACCCACCGGCAUGGGCAAAGAAUGUGGAAUACACCUUUACUGGCAUUUAUACCUUCGAGUCUAUGAUCAAGAUACUUGCCCGGGGUUUCUGCAUCGACAGCUUUACAUUCCUGCGAGAUCCAUGGAACUGGUUGGAUUUCAGUGUCAUCGUUAUGGCUUAUCUUACGGAGUUCGUAGAUUUGGGCAAUGUCUCUGCUCUGCGGACGUUCCGUGUUCUCAGAGCACUUAAAACCAUUACUGUCAUUCCAGGUCUAAAAACGAUUGUGGGUGCCUUGAUCCAGUCUGUGAAGAAGCUCUCCGAUGUCAUGAUCCUCACAGUCUUCUGCUUGGCUGUCUUUGCACUCAUCGGCUUGCAACUGUUCAUGGGGAACCUGCGACAGAAAUGUGUCCGGUGGCCACCAUUCACAAAUGACACCCUCGAAGGAGAUUUCUUUGGGCUAGAAAGUGAUUCCUUUGGAAACUCUACUCUUUAUGACAAUGACACUCUUAGUAGCAAUUUCACCUUUGACUGGGAUGAGUAUAUCCACAAUGAAGAGAACUUCUAUUUCCUUGAUGGUGCACUUGACGCUCUGCUCUGUGGGAACAGCUCUGAUGCUGGAAAAUGUCCAGAAGGGUAUCAAUGCAUGAAAGCUGGCCGGAACCCAAACUAUGGCUAUACAAGCUAUGACACCUUCAGUUGGGCUUUUCUUGCUCUCUUCCGCCUGAUGACCCAGGACUAUUGGGAAAACUUAUUCCAACUGACUCUGCGAGCAGCUGGGAAAACAUACAUGAUCUUUUUCGUCUUGGUCAUAUUCUUGGGCUCUUUCUACCUCAUUAACCUGAUCCUGGCUGUGGUAGCAAUGGCCUAUGCUGAACAAAAUGAGCAAACCAUGCUGGAGGAACAAGAGAAAGAAGCCGAAUUCCAGCAGAUGAUGGAACAGCUGAAAAAGCAUCAGGAAGAACAGGAAAGGCUGUUUCAAGAACAAAUAGCAAACAGCAGCUCAACAGAGAGUAUUGCAGUGAAGAAUAAAGGGGAGUCAGAUCAAGAGGGGCACAGUGAUCCGGAUGGGCCAAAAGACUCCAAUCGGCCGGUCAUCCCACGCUUGGUGCUAGAGCGGUCAGCCACAGUGGAUGAGUCAGAUUCAAUGGAAGCACAUGAGAAGUCUGAUCAGAACCACCUUGAGGUGAAUACAGGUCUGGAGAAGCGAGCUGGGAGUGCCCUCAGUGUGGUUUCCCACACCCUAGAAGAACUGGAAGAAGCUCAUCAGAAGUGUCCACCAUGGUGGUAUAAGUUUGCCAAUGCAGUCCUUGUGUGGAACUGCUGCCCAUUGUGGGUAAAAGUGAAGGGGAUUUUGAAGCUUAUUGUCAUGGACCCCUUUGUUGAUUUGGGGAUCACCAUUUGCAUUGUCCUCAACACCGUCUUCAUGGCCAUGGAACACUACCCAAUGACUGAAGAGUUCAACAAUGUGUUGUCUGUGGGGAAUCUGGUCUUCACGGGGAUAUUCACAGCUGAGAUGGUGCUUAAACUGCUUGCUCUUGAUCCAUAUGAGUACUUCCAGGUGGGAUGGAACAUCUUUGACAGCAUUAUUGUCACCCUUAGCUUGGUUGAGCUUGCCCUUGCCAAUGUCCAGGGUCUGUCCGUCCUGCGUUCCUUCCGUCUGAUGAGGGUUUUCAAGCUUGCCAAAUCCUGGCCAACUCUCAACAUGCUGAUCAAGAUCAUAGGCAAUUCAGUGGGUGCCCUGGGCAACCUUACUCUGGUGUUGGCCAUCAUCGUUUUCAUUUUCGCUGUGGUGGGCAUGCAGCUCUUUGGAAAAAGCUACAUAGAGUGUGUCUGCAAGAUUUCCAGUGACUGUGUGCUGCCGCGAUGGCACAUGCACGACUUCUUCCACUCCUUCCUUAUUGUCUUCCGCAUCCUCUGCGGGGAAUGGAUUGAGACCAUGUGGGACUGCAUGGAAGUGGCCGGACAGACUUUAUGCCUUAUUGUCUUCAUGAUGGUCAUGGUCAUAGGGAACUUAGUGGUCCUGAACCUUUUCUUAGCUUUGCUGCUGAGCUCCUUCAGUGCUGAUAGUCUGGCAGGAUCUGAUGAAGAUGGAGAGAUGAACAAUUUGCAGAUUGCUAUUGGCAGAAUCACACGAGGGAUUGACUACGUAAAGAAACAUGUCCUGCUGUUGCUUCACAGAGAAUUGAAAGAGAAGACAGAGCCACCAGCUGAGGAGCUGGAUGACAGCAAGAAGGAAAAUUUUGUCCUCAAUCAUAUGGACACAGGGCAGGACUUCAAAUCAGAAAUCAUGGACGGCAUGCCCAAAAAGGAAAGCCAAGGCUUCAAAUCAGAAUUCAUGGAUGGCCUAUCCAAAAACAAUGGCCAGGCCUUCAGAUCUGAUUACAUGGAUGGGAUACGUAAAAAAGAGCCAUUCAUUGAUGAACUGGAGCAAAUGAACUUUAUUAACAAUCCCAACUUGACCAUACAUGUCCCAAUAGCCUCCGAGGAAUCUGACCUUUAUGAUGAAACUGACACAGGUGAAGAGACUGCUGAAGAAACUAAGGAAACUAAAGAGACCAAGAAGCUUCUGUCUGACGGGACUGAAUCAUCCAUAUGCAGUACUGUCGAUUACAAGCCCCCAGAUCCUAUGGAAGAGGAAGUGGUGGCCGAGGAGGCGGUGGAAAAUGAUGAGCCAGAGGAAUGCUUCACUGAAGCCUGUGUUCAGAGAUGCCCUUGCCUAUAUGUUGACAUCAAAACAGAAAAAGGGGAAAAGUGGUGGAAUCUUCGGAAGACAUGCUUCAAGAUUGUCGAGCACAACUGGUUUGAGACUUUCAUCAUCUUCAUGAUCCUCCUUAGCAGCGGUGCAUUGGCUUUUGAAGACAUCUACAUUGAGCAACGGCCAGUAAUCCGUACCAUCUUGGAGUAUGCUGACAAAGUCUUCUCAUAUGUUUUUGUUAUUGAGAUGUUGCUGAAAUGGGUAGCCUACGGAUUCAAGGUCUAUUUCACCAAUGCCUGGUGCUGGCUUGACUUCCUCAUUGUUGAUGUCUCCCUCAUUAGUCUGACAGCAAACUGGAUGGGCUAUUCGGAAUUAGGACCCAUCAAAUCUCUAAGGACACUCAGAGCACUGAGACCUCUUCGAGCCUUGUCCAGAUUUGAAGGGAUGAGGGUGGUUGUAAAUGCCCUCCUAGGGGCCAUCCCAUCCAUCAUGAACGUCCUCUUGGUCUGCCUGAUUUUCUGGCUCAUCUUCAGCAUCAUGGGGGUCAACCUCUUUGCAGGGAAGUAUUAUCGUUGUGUCAAUACUACCACGGGUGAACUCUUUGAAAUCAGUGAAAUCAACAACAAGACCGACUGUUUGAACCUCAUUAACUUUGAAAAUGCCACAGAUGUUCGGUGGCUCAACGUCAAGGUCAAUUUUGACAACGUGGGCCUGGGUUAUCUCUCACUUUUGCAAGUGGCUACCUUCAAGGGCUGGAUGGACAUCAUGUAUGCAGCCGUUGACUCCCGUGAGAUGGAGGAACAACCUCAAUAUGAAAUCAAUCUCUACAUGUAUAUCUACUUUGUCAUCUUUAUCAUCUUUGGAGCUUUCUUCACUCUCAAUCUGUUUAUUGGUGUCAUCAUCGACAACUUCAACCAGCAGAAGAAAAAGUUUGGAGGAAAGGACAUUUUUAUGACAGAAGAGCAAAAGAAAUACUAUAAUGCUAUGAAGAAAUUGGGUUCAAAAAAGCCAGUGAAGCCUAUCCCAAGGCCCCAGAACAAAUAUCAAGGAAUGAUCUUUGACUUUGUGACCCAACAAGCCUUUGAUAUAGUCAUCAUGAUCCUCAUUUGUCUUAACAUGGUGACAAUGAUGGUGGAAACAGAUGACCAAAGCCAAACCAAAAUAGACAUCCUCUUCCAAAUCAAUCUGAUCUUCAUAGUCGUCUUCACAGCUGAAUGUUUCCUCAAGAUGAUUGCCCUGCGGUACUACUUCUUCACAGUUGGCUGGAACAUCUUUGACUUUGUUGUAGUCAUUCUUUCCAUCGCAGGACUUGUCCUCUCAGACCUCAUUGAGAAGUACUUUGUGUCACCCACCCUCUUCAGGGUGAUCCGUCUAGCUCGAAUUGGACGUGUUCUCCGACUGAUCCGAGGAGCCAAAGGCAUCCGGACGCUUCUCUUUGCCUUGAUGAUGUCCCUGCCAGCACUUUUCAACAUUGGCCUGCUCCUCUUCCUGGUCAUGUUCAUUUUUUCCAUUUUUGGGAUGUCGAACUUUGCUUAUGUCAAAAAGGAAUCUGGCAUUGAUGACAUGUUUAAUUUUGAGACAUUUGGCAACAGCAUCAUCUGCCUUUUCAUGAUCACCACAUCCGCUGGUUGGGAUGGCUUACUGAACCCCAUCCUGAACAGUGCUCCUCCAGACUGUGACCCUGAUCUGGAGAACCCUGGUAGUGAUGUGAGGGGGAAUUGUGGCAACCCUGGUGUGGGCAUCUGCUUUUUCUGCACCUACAUCAUUGUCUCCUUCUUGAUUGUGGUCAACAUGUACAUUGCUAUCAUCCUGGAGAACUUCAACGUAGCCACAGAGGAGAGCAGUGAGCCUCUCUGUGAAGAUGACUUUGAAAUGUUCUACGAGACGUGGGAGAAGUUUGACCCUGAUGCCACACAGUUCAUUGCUUAUAGCACUCUCUCUGAAUUUGCAGACACGUUGCAAGAGCCACUGCGAAUUGCUAAACCCAACAAGAUCAAGUUGAUCACCUUGGACUUGCCUAUGGUUCCUGGGGAUAAAAUACAUUGUCUGGACAUCCUCUUUGCACUUACCAAAGAAGUGUUGGGGGACUCUGGGGAAAUGGAUGCCUUGAAGGAAUCAAUGGAGGAGAAAUUUAUGGCUGCCAACCCCUCAAAGGUGUCCUAUGAGCCAAUUACCACCACACUGAAAAGGAAGCAUGAAGAAGUAUGUGCCACCAAAAUCCAACGGGCAUUCCGAAGAUAUCUACUAAGGCGAUCAGUGAAACAGGCCUCGUACGUGUACAGACAUAGCCAAGAUGAGGAUACACUGGCAGAAGGAGCUCCAGAGAAAGAAGGGUUGAUUGCAAACAGAAUAAAUGUAAUGUAUGGAUCUUCAGAGAUGCAAAUGGAAAAUGAAAUAUCUCCAGAAGCAUCUCCACCUAUUGAACUUGAACCCAUCUCCAGUCCAGAGAACACACAAGAUGCUGGUGAAACUAAAGAGAAAGGGGAGGAACCUGACAAAACAACAGAAGAUGCUCCCAGCAAAACUCAAGACUCGAAAGCCACCAAACGUGGUGUAAAAGAGUCAUUUGUAUAAUCCAGGGCACUUCUGGCCAACAAUAAAUUGGCCCUGAUUCCAAAAGGACUUAUUUUACAUCUCUCUCACAAGGAGCCUUCCAUAUUUUCUGCUAUCAGGAGCUGUGUUCUCUUAACAGAUUUCAGGAAUUCAGAUCAACUUUGGAAGUAGAACCUAUUCUGGUUUCUACUUUUCUAAUUCACCACAAUGCUGAAAUAUUUUUUUUAAUGAGGUGAAUAUGAAUUAUCUCUAAUGCUGGUGACAAAAAGGGGGUUUUAGUUUAAUUUUAAGUGAUUCUUAGCGUGUUCCUGGGCCAGUUCUGAGGUUAAUUCUUCCCUAUUAGAGCUUGAAGAAGUUUAGGAAGAAGAUGAAAAAGAGAGGAAAAUGGCCAAAGCUAUGAGUCUUGAUCACUGCUGUGAGUCUUGAUCAGAGAGCCAAGCUAAUAUAUGGAAAUGGAAGAUCGUGUCAGAGGAACAUAACUGAAGUUGUAUACUUUAUACAAUAAAAGAACAAUCAUUCACCCACAAAAGCCUGGAUUUUAUGGCCUGAAUCAAUUAUACAAUUUUCCUGUGGCUGCGUAUCUUACAUAAUUUAUUCUGCUAGUCACGGGAAACUCUGAAGCCUUGCCACCAUGAUUGUGCACAAGUGACUACAAUAUACAUCACUUCUGAGAUUUCAUCAAAUUUUGGAAUAUCUCAAUUUAUCAAAAAAAAGGUCAAGUUCUAAAGUUGCUGAAUUCACUGCCCAAACCUCAUGUCUGUUGUUUUGCAGAAAGUGCACUUGAUCAUCAUGGAAAGCAGAAUAUUCAGACAUCUAACCACUAUUAGUAACAUACUUUGAAAUAUGAUUAAAAUGUCAUCUUCAGCCAUUUUCUUUCUAUUUACUAUUUGUGUCUUGAAGAUACUAGGAGUGAAAAAUUGCAACCUGCACUGUUCCUUGGACAUUUGGAACUGGAUACAACGGAGUUUUGGGGUUUUUUAAAAUCUCCUAAUCUUAUUUUCUGGUAACGGACUGAUGUGCUUUGGCUUAGGAAUCUUUCCAGCAUGUAAAGGCACAGUGAUGGUUAAUAUUGAAAUAAUGGAAUGUUGUUUUCUGAACACAAAUCUGCAAAGUCUUAAAAACUUGGUUUGGUUGUUCCCUUUGGGGUAUUUGAAUGGUCUUAAACCAUUUUUGUUAGGCAUGGUUUAAAGUACAAGUCAGUCUUAACCAUUUGUACACUAUUAAAGACAAGACAAGAGCAAAAAGCAACAAACUAAUCAGUUCUCAGGGUUUACCGUCAGCUUUGAAAUGUUUCCGGGUUAAUUCUCAAUUCUGCAGAAUAUCUAUAAAUACAAACUGCACAUUUCUAUA